AUGGCACAGAGAGCAAUGCCAGGCACCUCCCUGGAGGGGAUUCGUCCCACCUACAUCUACAAGGUGGUUCUGCUGGGAAGCACAUCAGUGGGAAAGUCAAGCCUGGCCUACCGAUACGUGAAAAAUGACUUCAAGGAGUCACUGCCAACCGUGGGAUGCUCCUUCUUCACACAGAUGCUCAACCUGGAGGUAGCCACUGUCAAGUUUGAGAUCUGGGACACAGCAGGCCAGGAGAAGUACCACAGCGUCUGCCACCUCUACUACCGGGGCGCCCACGCUGCUCUCCUCGUUUACGACAUCACUAACAAGGAAACACUGAACAAAGCAAAGCUGUGGCUGAGGGACCUGGAGAAGGAAUUCCUUCCCGAUGAAAUCGUCAUUGCUUUGGUGGGUAACAAGACGGACCUUGCUGCUGAGCGAGAAGUUGCCACCGAGGAGGGGGAAGAGUUUGCAAGGACCAAAGACCUCCUGUUCAUGGAGACAUCUGCAAAAUCCAACCACCAAGUACACGAUAUCUUUAUGGCCAUAGCCCAAGAGCUUGUGCAGCGGGAACAAGAGAAGGCAUCUGCUGCAUCCUUGCAUGGGAGGUCAACAGUUGACCUGGGGGAGAGCAGGGCGAGGACGGGGUGCUGCCAGCUCUGA